UUUCCUGGAGGACUCCAGUGGGGAGCCCUGUGAGCCCUGACCCUGAAAGAAGAGAGAACCUAGACUGGUCAUGGAGCCUGGGAAUAAAACUGCACAGUGGGCUGAGGGAAAGGCCUGCUGACAGGCUGAGGUAGGAAGAAGCCUAGGGAGGAAACAUGGAGUGUCUGAUAAACUGACCUUACCUGCUCACUACAGAAUCCCUGGGCUGGAACCCAGAGGAGAAGGAGGGCCUGAGUUCUCCAACCAGCAGCCUGGGAAUGUGGCAUGAGGCUCCUUGAUAUAAGGAGAUAAGAACUUUUGAAAGCCCUGAGAGAAGGGGGUAUAAGGACCACUGGCCUAGAGUCAGGGGCCAAAGACCUGAGAUUCCAGUCUUCCUAGUAUCCACCAGAAAGAGUCUCCUUGUAUAAAAGUCCUUGUUCUACAACAAACCGGGAUCGGUUAGAAGAGCUGAGAGGCAGCGGGGUGCUCCGUGCCGCUGCCCAAUCUUUCUGAAAGCUGUCAUCUGCUUCCUGCUCAGUCUGGAACUGUUCCCUUGAGGCUGGAGACGCCAGUUCCUCCUUAGACUGUGGACUUGGGCUUGGUCCCUCUGGAAGCGAUGAGACCAUGGUACAGAGAGUGGCAAUCAUUGGAGCUGGCGUGAGCGGAUUGGCCUCCAUUAAGUGUUGUCUGGACGAGGGAUUGGAGCCCACCUGCUUCGAGAGAAGCGAUGACAUAGGAGGGCUCUGGAAAUUCACAGAAUGUGCCGAGGAAGGCAGAGCUAGCAUUUACCGCUCUGUGUUCACCAACUCCUGCAAAGAAAUGAUGUGUUUCCCUGACUUCCCUUUCCCUGACGAUUUUCCAAAUUACAUGCACAAUUCAAAGCUCCAAGAGUACAUCAGGAUGUAUGCGAAGCACUUUGCUCUUUUAAGAUAUAUAAAGUUCAAGACUAUGGUCAGCAGUAUAAAAAAACGCCCCGAUUUCCCAGUCACCGGACAGUGGGAUGUUAUUACAAAACGGAACGGGAAGGAGGAGUCAGCUGUAUUUGAUGCGGUUAUGGUUUGUUCGGGGCAUCAUGUGUAUCCAAAUUUCCCAGUUGAUUGCUUCCCUGGGUUAAAGAAGUUUAAAGGUAGCUACUUCCACAGCCGGGAAUACAAGGAACCAGAAAAAUUCAAGGGGAAGAGAGUGCUUGUGAUUGGACUGGGAAACUCUGGUUCGGACAUUGCUGUUGAACUCAGUCACACGGCCUCACAGGUUUAUCUCAGCUCUAGAAGCGGCUCCUGGGUGAUGAGUCGUGUCUGGGACAAAGGCUACCCUUGGGAUAUGUUGACUGUGACUCGCUUUGAAACCUUUCUCACGAAUACCCUUCCCACCUCUGUCAGCGACUGGCUGUACGUGAGGAGGAUGAACACGUGGUUUAAGCAUGAGAACUACGGCCUGAUGCCUUUGAACAGAACCAGCCGUAAAGAGCCAGUGUUCAAUGAUGAUCUCCCAAGCUGCAUCACAUGUGGAACAGUGGUGGUGAAACCCAAUGUGAAGGAAUUCACAGAAACCUCAGCUAUAUUUCAGGAUGGGACUGUGCAGGAAAACGUUGAUUUUGUCAUCUUUGCAACAGGCUACAGCUACUCCUACCCCUUCAUGGAAGACAACGCCAUCCUCAAAUGCAGAGACAACGAGGUUACCUUGUACAAGGGCAUCCUUCCUCCUCGACUCGAGAAGCCAACCAUGGCUGUCAUUGGCCUGGUCCAGUCACUUGGUGCAAUAAUUCCAACAUCAGAUCUCCAAGCUCGCUGGGCUAUAAGGGUGUUUAAGGGGUUAUAUAAGCUUCCCCCAGUGAAUGACAUGAUGGAAGAUAUUGAUGAAAAAAUGGGGAAAAAGCUCAAAUGGUAUGGGCAGAGCAAUACCCUACAGACAGAUUAUGUUUCCUACAUGGAUGAACUCGCCUCUGCUAUUGGUGUGAAGCCCAAUUUUCCGUUGCUGUUCCUAACGGAUCCAAGGCUGGCCCUGGAAGUGUACUUUGGCCCGUGCAGUCCAUACCAGUUUCGUCUGACGGGACCGGGGAAGUGGGAUGGAGCCAGAAAUGCCAUCCUGACCCAGUGGGACCGGACGCUGAAGGCUACGAGGACUCGAGUUGUACAUGAUUCUCAGAAACAUUUCCCCUUCUUGAAUUUCUUUAAAAUACUUGUCUUCCCUCUUCUUCUUGCUGUUUUUCUGAUGUUUAACUAAUCAUCAAUUUUAAGGCUCUCAACAUGAAGUUAGUGAAUAGAAAGGAAAAUAGAAAGGAGAGGAGAGAAUCUUAUCACUUCACAUCAGUUCUGACCUACUGUGUGUGCAGAUAGAGAUGUUGACAAAUAGAUAGAUAAAUAUACCACACGUUUGUAUAAACUCAAUGGGCCACAGCCUCCACUGUGUAAACUGACAUCGAUGCAUAGAAGUCAAUGCCAGAUGUUCUUUUGGUGUCAAUGAACAUAACUUGAUUUGUGUUCUUCUGUUUGUAUCCUAGGAAAUACUGAAAGAACAGACUCAUUACAAGGGGAAUAUUGAGAUAAAUAAGAUGUUAUCUCCGUGUUUUCUUAAACCAGAGGCCCUUCACAUCUAGAGUAUUCAAUAGCGUGAAAACUUAGAACUGGUCAAAACACAACAAUUAUUUUUCACGGGAAAUUGUUUUUUAAAAUUGUUUUACGUUUCCUCACUGAAAUUUUUGAUCUGUCGUUGAAAAAACAAAACCAAAAAUUUUUCAGUCUUCAAAAACAAUUUUUAGUUUUAGUUUUCAAUAAAACCCAAUUGUUUUUAUGAGAACCUGUUUUGCGGACUUGGGCAGGACGGGAGAGUUAUACCCCCCUGCCCACCCAAAAAAAUCAGUUUCAAAUUUUUUCUCAAAAAAUUUUUUCCAACCAAAAUAAACAUUUUAACCACAGUAAAAAUAUUUGUGGAAAAUUUGUUUUUGUCAAAAAGCCAUCUUUUGUUGAAAAAAACCUUUCAGUGAGAAAAUUUCUAUCGGGUCUUGUAAUAAUUCUCUCUAACAGCAUGUUCAGCUGCAGCAUCUGCCUCUUACCAAACAAUCUGAAAUGCAUACACUACAGAGCUAUCAAAAUAACUAGCCUAGCUGGGGUAGGGUAAACAAAAUAUACAGUUUCCUGCUGGCUUUAGAGAGAACUUCUCUGAACUUGUCAGUGAGGGCUUGACAGCCAAGUUGUUGCUCUCCACCUUUCCCCAGUCAUGAUUUAGUAAGAGCCCCCAGAAUCUUCUUUUUCAUUUGGAUAAAUGUUCCCUUGAAGCAGUGUGACAUACUAGUUAGAACAAGAGACCAGUGUAUGUUUACACUGCAGUCAGAGGGGAAACCAUGCUAUUUGCAUGUGUGUUGGUUUUUAUCUGUAAAGCAGGGCCUGCUGUCAACUUUGUAAAGUGCUUUGCAUUCUUUGUACGAAAGGCACCAUAUAUGUACCAAUCAACAUUAUUAUCUGAAGCUGUUCAGUCUAGAACAGGCUCUUGUUAGCUAUCCAGUAUCUCCUGCUUUUGACUGAAUGCUGUGGUCAGAUCCUCACUCACCCAGACAGAAGAGGGAGGUAUAUGCCCAGUCAUGUUUAAACCAGAUGCAUGCCCAGAUGUUCCGCGGUAGGAUUACAUUUAUUGUGUCGCUUCUCCCUAGCCUGAGCUGAUCACCAUGGAACUCAAAGGAAAGACCCACUCUCCCCCCCCCCCCCCCGUUGACUUCAAUGGACAUUGGAUCAGGCCCCUAUUG